AUGGCUUCACAAGAGGAAAAACAAGCUCAGCCCUUUGCAGACAUCUUCGAUGAAGAUGAAGCUGAAAAAGCCUUUCUGUUGUCCAAACCCACUUGCUUAAUUAUCCUUGGAAAGCCAGGUUCUGGAAAGAAAACAUUAGCUAGAAAACUAGCACAAAUAUGGAAAUGCAUUUUCAUAGAAGCUUUGGAAGUAAUUCAAACAAAUAUUCAUGAAGAAACAGAAUAUGGGCUUAAGUGUCAAGAAUUGCUUUUUAAAGGUCAAAGUAUUUCUGAAGAACUGGUUACAGAAAUGAUUCUGAAAAAGAUUGAGUCACCAGAAGUUGCUCAUUUUGGUUAUGUUCUCAGUGGAUUUCCUUCUCUCUCAGAGGAAUACAUGACUGUUUCACAGCAAAUAGAGAAAAUAAAGAAUCUAAAAUUAAAACCGGAUAUCCUGAUUAACAUUAAGUGUUCAGAUUAUGACUUAUGCCAAAGAAUAUCAGGACAAAAGCAACACCCUGAUUCAGGGCACGUGUAUCAGAGGAACCAGUGGGAUCCUGACUUUAUUGAAAAGCAUAAGAAAGAGAAAGAUCAGCAUGAAGAAGAGAAUGAAGAAGAAGAUGAAGAGCAGGAAGAAGAAGAGGUAAAUAUUGCUAAUUUCUAAACAGUGCAAAAAUUUUUGCAUCAAUUAGUGCAGAGGCCUGAAGAUAUUCUUGAAAAUGCAGAGGAAAGAGUUGGAAUGUAUAAGGAUAUAAUGCUUCAUCCUUUAGAAGACUUGAUGGCUGAACAGGAUUGUCAAUAUCUUAUUGAACUGGAUGGAAAUCAGCAACCAGAUGAUCUCUUUGUAUCAGUGGUAGUUCGACUUCAAUCUCUGGGUGUUCGAAAUGGAGCUCCUAUAACUAGACUUCAAAGUCAGCAAGAAGAAAUGCUGGAGGGACUGGAAAACGAUGAACUCUUCCGGGUUCUGUCAUCUUACAAACUAAUAGCACACAGAUACCGAUGGCGUAGAAGCAGGUGGGGGCAAACAUGUCCUGUGGCUCUAAAGGAAGGUGAUAUUGUAAUGGGAAACCCAGACUUGGCUGUCAGUUUUCUAGGUAAAAUGUACGUACUGUCAUCCCCAGAGGCAUUGAAAACAUUUAUGUUGAAUCCACGGCCUUACCUGUUACCACCAAUGCCACUUCCUCCUUGUAAAGUACUAGUAUUUGGUCCUCCAUUCUCUGGAAGAACAACUAUUUGUAACCUAAUUGCACAGAAAUAUAAAGGAAAGGUUCUUGAUAUGGCCAAACUCAUUCAACCCCAUAUGGAAGAAUCAAGAGAAGAAAACAUUGAGCAAGUGCAAAGGGAUACAGUAGAAAAGGCUAUAACAGCAGUGAAAAAUAGGUUGGAAUUAGAAAAACAGUCAAGAGAAUCAGGAAUGUCAGAGAUAACUGCUGACCACCCAGAAGUUCAAGCGAUGGUAGAAGAAGCCAUAAAAAGUGCAUCAGUCUCUGAAGUUACACUGUCACCUGAAAUAUAUGCUGAAGUACUGGAGAGAGCUAUUGCAGAGCUUAUGAAGAAGAACAAAGACAGAUUUCCUGGUGCUCCAGAAAAAGGAGGAUGGGUAGUGGAUAACUACCCUCUGUCAGUAGAUCACUGGUCAGCUUUAUCAGAAAAAGGACUUUUACCUGACACUGUUGUCUUUCUGAAGGAUACAGAAAAAGAUGGAGUCUGUAUACUACGCAGAACAUACUUAGCAAAUAGGGAUGAAAUUAAUUCUAAGAUUUUGAAAAGACUAACAGAUGAAGCAUUAGAAAAGAAAGAAGAAGAAGAAGUAAGAAGAGAAAUGCAAGAAAUACUGGUAUCAGAGGAAGAUCAAUCUCUAGAGACUGCUGAGGAGAAAGGUGAAAAAAUCAUACUACCUGAGUUUGCAGAGGAUGAUUUUCCAGAUAUACCAGAAAUGGAAAUAAUUAAAAGGAAGAUUGACCUUUUCAUGCAUGACUGGCAAACAGUGGAGUCAGAAAUCAAGCAGUCAUCUCUAGUUCAGGUGGUUGUUUUAGAGAUUGCUGAGCAAACUCCAGAAAGUCUGCUUAAUCAAAUUGUGCUGGUUAUGGAAAAGCCUUUUAAAUAUCAUGGUUGGGAAUUAUCUGCUGAAGACUUAGAUGAGGAAGCAGAAGAUCUGGCUGCUGAAGAGGAAGAUGAAGAAGUUGAAGAAGAGGAAAAUGAAGAUGAAGAAGAUGAAGAAAAAACUAAGGAAAAGAAAAGGCACAUGGGAGACACAAAACACUUUUGCCCAGUCAGUCUGAAAGAGAACUUUGUCCUUUACCCAGGACUCUAUGAACAUGCAGCUAAAUAUCAAGAAAAGAUUUAUUACUUUUCAACUUCUGAGUACAGAGAUAAAUUUUUGAAGAACCCUGAGGAGUAUGUGGCUCACAAUGAACCAAUACAAGCUCCUCCUUUACGGGUAUGCUUACUUGGGACUCAUGGAGCAGGUAAAACUACUUGUGCACGACAGACAGCAGAGAAAUUAGGCAUUUUCCAUAUUCAGUUUGAAGAAUAUCUACAGGAAUUGAUCUUACCCAAAACUAAAGAGAAAGUUGGGCCCCAUUUUGAUGAAGAAUCUGAUGAAGAUAACAAUAAAAUGCCAAUUCUAUCACAGGAACUGGAAGACUUCUCUCAGACUAUGACUAAAACUGAGACUGAAAAUAGCAAACAGGAAGUGGAGUUAACUGAUGAGGAAGAAGCAAUCAAAGCAAAUCUAAUGGAUAAUGAAGCACUGCCUCCAGAAGUCCUUGAUAACAUUGUUCUUAACUGGUGGAGGAAAGAGCCAUUCCGGUCCACAGGAUUUAUACUGGAUGGUUUCCCUCGUACUUUAGAUGAAGCCCAGUAUUUGUCAGAACGAGGACUUUGUCCUGAUGUUGCGGUUUAUAUUCAAGUAGAACAAAGUGAUGUUCUUGACCGUCUUCUUCCUCCACGUCUGCAAAAAUGGAAAGAGAGACAGUAUAAAAAAAUGGAAAAUAAAAAGAAACUGAAAGACCUGAAAGCAAAAAUAAGGGAUGAGAGGAUUGCUAGAAGAAGGGAAGAACUUUUAGCAGAACGAAAACAAAAGAAACAGGAGGCUUUAGCAAAUAAGGAGCAUUAUGAAGCCACUGAGGAGGAAGAUGAGAAUGAAAAUGAAGAUGUUGAAGCUAUACUUGAAGAAGAGUUUUUCGAAGAAGAAGAAGAAGAAGAGGCUGAAGAAGAACAGGAGAUUGAUGCUGUCGAUCGCAUACAAAAUGAAAUUGCAGAAAAGUUUGAUUCAGAAAUAGACGCUUUACAAGGUGUACAGGAAGAACUUGAAAAAUUGUUAAUACCCCAAAUCGAGAUCAAUGGAGGACAGAAGCCUCACAUCGUACGCUACCAAAUAUAUAGCAAGCUGCAUUCUCUAAUGGAAAAUCGUGGAAGCAUUUUUGAGAAAUGUUACCCAAUAAGUUUGGCACUUGCACAUAAGAUGCUAGUUUUCUCAUACAAAUUUCCAAGUUCUUUUGGUCAGUGGGAUCCAAUCAAGCUAAGUGAAGGAGAUGUAAUCAAGCCACAACAAAGCCAUGAAAACACAGUCUUUCCUGUAAUCCAUCGACAAUAUAUUUAUUUCUUUUCAAGUAAAGAAAAUAAAGAAACAUUUAUGAAAAAUCCCAUCAAAUAUAUCCGUCAGCCAAAACCUAAACCAGCUGUGCCAGUUAAGAUUGCAAUUGUGGGACCUCCAAAAUCUGGAAAGACUACAGUUGCCAAGAAAUUUGCAAGUGUAUACGGGUUACUGCACCUGAGUAUGGGAGAUGCCAUACGGCUAGUGUUAAACAAUCAGCCAGAGAGUGAGUUGGCACUUAAGUUAAAGUGGCAUCUUCACAAAGGACUGACCGUACCUGAUGAACUGGCCAUCCAGGCUCUAGAUGUGGCUCUGAUGAAUCACGUGUGUAAUACCACCGGAGUUGUAAUUGAUGGAUAUCCUGUAACAAGAAAACAAGUAAACCUCUUGGAAUCAGCUAGGAUAAUUCCAGUGAAAAUCUUUGAAUUAGAAAUGGAUGCAAAGGAAGUGUUCAGAAGAGCACUGUUGGAUAAGAAAAGCACGAAUAGACCUCCCCACCCUGAACAUGACAGCUCACAGAUUCUAGCUAUUAAAAAUUCCUGCUAUAAACAGCACAUUGAUGCAAUUAGGACUUACUAUAAGAAGGAGCAUCAGAACUGGUGUGUGAUUGAUGCCUUUCAGAGCAAGUGGUGGAUCUGGAACAAAGUACUGCAGGAAGUUCAAGUGGUUGUUGAAGAAAUCCAGAUAUACCUGGAAAGAAUAAGAGAAGGAAGAGCAGCUGGCAUUGCUGAUUUAUGUAUUACUCCCGAAGAGCUGCAGUAUCGGCUGGGGGAGUUUGGACAGUACUGUCCCGUCAGCCUUGCAGAAAAGGGUGAAUUGGUUGACUGCUCUGUAACGUCAUCAUUGCAGUUUGCUGCAGAAUUUCGAGGACACUAUUACAAAAUGGCUUCACAGGAAGAACUGGCCAAAUUCUUGAGCAGACCAGAGGUUUAUGUGCCACCACUGGCACCUCACCCUCUCCCACCCCCAGAUAUGCUACCAAAGAAACUGACUGUGGCAGAAGUGAAGGCCUUAUUCCCCAUAAGUGCUGAAAUGCAGGGAUACUGUCCAGUCACUUACCUAGAUGGAAAACAGAGAUAUGAAGCUUUGGUGCCUGGCAACAUCGAGUAUGCAGCAAAAUAUAAAGAUAAGGUAUAUAUUUUUGAAAGUGAAGAAAAACUUCUGAAGUUUAUGAGGUUACCAGAGAAGUACUGGAAUCUGAAGCUUCCACGUAAACUCCCUCCAAUAAAGGAGCCAAUACUACUCACUGCACUUCCUUUGGCUGGAUACCUUGAACAGGGAGUAGCAACUUCGCUAAUAAAAGCUCUGAAUGAAGUAGGCUGCUUAAAGCCAAAGUUUCCGUUCCUAAGUGUAAAAAAAACUGCUCUGCUGUUUGUCGCCUGCCAUUUAAAAGCGCACAACCCCCGCAGCUCGCAGCCGGCGCGGCAGAUGUACCAGAAGAAGCUGGCGGGCUUCGUGGAGCACUGCCAGCUCGUCACCUACCUGGGGGCGGCCAUGGCGGGCCCGUACCGGGACCCGCGGUACAGGCCCCUUGGCUUUGACGGCAGGCUGCGCACCUUCCUUUCCCUGAAAGACGCCCGCCCCAGUUUUGUGUAGCGCGGGCCGCCUGCUUUCCUCCCCCCGCACUUCCUCUCAUUAACGCAAGGAG